UGACGAAAUCCGGGUGACGAAGAACUCGGAGGUAGGGGAGGCGCUCAGAUGUUCUCAGCCUGUCACUGCCGUCCAGUGCUGCAGACUGCAUUCAAAGGGAGCUAAGAUAGUCCACACACCCAGUGCCCACUACGAAUGAUAUCCAGACAUUCCGUAGGACCCAGUCUAUGCAUUAGGCGGAGAAGGUGGUUCAAUUUUCCCUGUGUAGCAGGGCUGUAAAGAAUAUGAAAUAUGAAGCAUUUACCGCGUCAGAUUUCCUUGGUAUCUCUGUGUGGACUAGUCUAUCUCGUUCAGUACAGCAGCGCCAAUAGAAACCCCGGUGUGGAUGAAGGUGACAACGCCUUCGGGAGCAAAGAGGCGGUGGCAGCAACGGAGAGCUGGGGGGAGCACGGCUUAAAUCCGCCCCAGAGAAUCAGUCCGUUUCGGCUCAUUGCCAAUGGCCGGGUUGGCCUGGACACCAGGGUGAGGAGGACGUUAGAGCACGAAGCCGCCUACCCGUCCCCACACAUCGCUCAAGCCACCUUCCAGGUUGACGCUUUCAACUCAUCUUUCAUUCUUGAAGUUGAACUGAAUCAUGAUCUGCUCUCAUCCCAGUACGUGGAACGAACUGUUCAUGCAAGGGGAAGAUCUAUCCAUUCAGUGGGAGGAGAACACUGUUAUUACCAUGGCAAAAUUCAAGGAAAUGCUCAAAGCUCUGUGGCCCUUUCAACAUGUUAUGGACUACAUGGUUUCUUUUAUGAUGGGAAUUAUAGUUACUUGAUUGAACCAGCACCAAAGAAUGAAGAAAACUUAUUGAAUGAAACAGGGUCUCAUUUAGUUUACCAGAUUGCUGGUCAUGAUGAUCCAUUACUGCAUCGACUUUCAGAGAAGCCAGGAAGAAGUGAUUUUGUCCAAGCUGGGAAUUCUAUCCUAUUAAGGAAGAAAAGACAGAUACACCGAGUUCGGCGGAACGUUCACGAUGAGACAAAGUACAUUGAACUGAUGGUUGUUAAUGAUCAUUUUAUGUUUAAAAAAUAUCGUUUAUCUGUGGGACUCACGAACAACUUUGUAAAGUUAAUCGUGAACUUAGCGGAUAUGAUUUUCAAGCAUCAGAUUAACACCCGAAUUGUACUGGUUGCUAUGGAAACCUGGUCAGUUGACAAUAAGUUGACCAUUGACGUAAACCCUCAGGUAACUCUCCGAGAGUUUAUGAAAUACCGAAGAGAUUUCAUCAAAGAGAAGAGUGAUAUCAUUCAGCUAUUUUCGGGAACAACAUUUGAAACCCAGAGUGGAGCAGCGUAUGUUGGUGGAGUUUGUUCACAGUUGAAAGGUGGAGGAGUGAAUGAGUUUGGAAAUGCACAUCAAAUGGCUGUCACACUCGCUCAGAACUUAGCCCAAAAUCUUGGCAUGCUUUUAGAUACGAAGCGAACGAAUGUUGACUGCAAAUGUGAAGAUAAAUGGGCUGGAUGCAUAAUGGAUGAUCCUGGGUAUUAUCUUCCGAAUGUAUUUUCUAAAUGCAACAUAGAAGAAUACCGGGAAUUUUUGAACAGCGGUGGUGGUAGUUGUCUUUUCAAUAAACCUACCCGACUUCUUGAUCCUCCGGAAUGUGGUAAUGGAUUUGUGGAGGCAGGAGAAGAAUGUGAUUGUGGCUCACCGACUGCAUGUCGCCAAGAAGGGGGAAACUGUUGCGUCAAGUGCACCCUCGUGAAUGAUGCUGAAUGCAGUAAUGGACUCUGUUGUAAAGAAUGUCAGUUUGAAAGAAGUGGAUUUAUGUGUCGUGAAGCAGUAAAUGAUUGUGACAUUCCUGAAACUUGCUCUGGAAAUUCUAGUGAGUGUCCACCAAAUGUACAUAAACUAGAUGGCUACAUCUGUGACAACGAUCAGGGACGCUGUUAUGGAGGGAGGUGCAAAACUAGGGAGCGGCAGUGCAAAUAUGUGUGGGGAGAAAAAGCAAGAGCUGCAGACCAAUUAUGUUACGAGAAACUUAACAUUGAAGGAACAGAGAAAGGAAAUUGUGGCAAAGACAAAGGCACAUGGAUUCAAUGCAGUAAACAAGAUGUGCUUUGUGGUUACCUGCUGUGUGCUGAUACAUCCGGUGUGCCACGAGUAGGGGAACUAUCAGGUGACAUGACGAUGACCUCAUUCUUGCAGAAGCAUAAACACAUCAACUGCAGUGGUGGCCAUGUCAUAUUAGAUGAAGACACUGAUCUGGGAUAUGUGCAAGAUGGAACUCCUUGUGGGCAAGACAGAAUGUGUAUCAAUCACAAAUGUCUUCCUCUGAAAGCAUUUAAUUUUAGUACCUGCCCUGGCACUAGUGGUGCAAAGAGAUGUUCAGGACAUGGGAUUUGCAGUAAUGAAGUCAAGUGCAACUGUGAUCCAUCCUGGGACGGCAGUGACUGCAGUAAAUAUGCACCAAAGGCAUUAUCAGGCGCAGGAGUACUAGGAUCAGUUCGAACCAAUAUUAUUAUAGGUACCAUUGCAGGGACCAUCCUGAUGGCAGCCCUUGUCUUGGCAGUUGCAGCAUGGUUUUACAAAAGCUACCAAGAAAGAAGGCAAAUGCCACAAGGAGACUAUGUCAAAAAGCCCGGGGAAGCUGACUCUUUCUAUAGUGACAUACCUCCUGGAGUCAGCUCAAACUAUUCAGCAUCUAGUUCUAAGAAAAGGUCAAAUGGACUCUCACAUUCUUGGAGUGAACGGAUUCCAGAUGAAAAACAUAUUCCAGAUGUCUGUGAAAAUGGCAGACCACGCAGUAACUCCUGGCAGGGGAAUUUAGGAGGUAACCGAAAGAAGAAUAAAGGGAGGAAAUUUAGGCCACGUUCCAAUUCUACAGAGACAUUGUCUCCGUCUAAGUCGCAUUCUUCGUCCAAUGGAUCAAUUGCUUCUAGUAGGAAGUGCCCAUACCCGAUGCCACCUCUUCCUGAUGAGGAGGGAAAGGCAAGUCGACAAAGUGCACGGCUCUGGGAGACCUCCAUUUAGGUUGCCAUUUAGUGGAUCUGAACAACUAAAGAUUUCCUUCUAGUUUUAUAAAGGGGCAGCCUUACACUGAUGUCUCUAAUGAAUGAAUCUCCAGACCAUCAACAAGACUUUCAAAAGAAGGAAUAUAAACUCCCUCUGCUAACUUCAAAAACCAGGGCUUCUAAAUAUAAAAUAAUAGACUUUGGCUCAUCAUUAAUAAAACAAUGUUCUAUGAAGAGUCAGCAUUCUUGUGCAAAAUAACGCACUGAAACAAUGAUCUGGGAACAGGAACUCUUCCUGGAAAAAAAGACAAUAAAAAAGCUGUCAUGUAUUUGCAUAUGUUAUGGUGCUUAGUCCUCUGGAAGAAGAUUGAGAGCCCAUUUUUCAGCAAGGCUCAGUUGAAAGCUCCUGAGUACACAUUCACUGCAUUGAAUAAUAGUGCGCACGGAUCCCUUUUGUUCUAGUAGUCUAGUAGAACAAAAUGUACUUGCAUAGACAUAAAAAGAUGUUUUUUUCCCCUAAAAAAUUGCUUUGGAUUGAGCUGUAUAACGGGACAAAUAAUUGCAUUUGUAAGGGUUAUUGUGUUAAAGAAAUGGAAUAUGCAAUUGAAGAUCAAAAUCAUAUAUUUGAUACUUGCAGAAAUGCUUGCUCAGAGAGUAUUUUGUAAAUAUGUACAGUGUUUUUCACAUUACCUGACAACAUCAGGCAAUUGUUGCUUGCCCUACAAAUCAAAACAUGGUCAUGUCAGACUUAAUAUUGGUAGAUUUGGUGUUUUCAUGUAAAUUAUUGAAUCUUCAUUACACCAGAGAUGAAGAAGAAAGCUGAUAAUUUAAUGGAAAAAAAUGUUGGAGGUACUCUGCAUGUCAGUCAGCAUUUAUGAUAAGAGGAACAGAGCUAGCCAUUUAAGUUGAUGAGCUUUCAUUAGAACUAGAAAAAGUGAGAAAAUUUUGUUUAGGGUGAAGAGAAUGAGUCUCCACCCUAUUGCACAGCUUUCCUUUCUUUUCUCCAUUACUCUUCCUCCAACCUUACAAUGUCUUUUUCUUUCCAUUUUUUCCAAUUCUGAUGAAGACUCAUGUGCCUAAAAAAUAACUAUUUCUCCUUUCACAAAUACUAGUUGACCUGCUGAGUAUGUGUAGCAUUUUCCACUUUUAUUUUGUAAUUUCCAGCAUCUGCAGAUAAGGAAGUGUUUGGGUGUACAACUUUAUACAUUAUAAAACAUAGUUCUGUAUUUAUGUAUGAAAACUUUCAUGUCAGAGUUAAAUAUAAUUAAUGUUGUGUCAUUCACUAAAUAAGCCAUCCUCACCAAAAUACAAAAAUAUCUAUUUGUUUCAAACACAAGAGGAAUUAUGUUUUUUUUUUAAAUGCAUUAGGCAGACAUGCUAACAGUUUACCAGUAUAAGAGCUGGAGGAAAAUACUUAUCAGCAACUGAGCUUUAUGGCCCACAUUUGGACCAAGAGUGAUCCUAGUGAAGCCCAAACUAGAUAGUGGUGAGUAGGUAAGUGCCACUUAAAGCACUGUCAAUGGCUCCUUCCUUCCAUAUACUGAUGUUUGAGAGUAAAUUGAGUGGGUUGCAACUGGAUCUGCCAAGCUGUUUUGAGGACAGGGCAUACCUGGACAAUUUUCUAUGUUGUUAGGUAGGCACCGAAUUUGUACUGUGACAACAUGGCUAUAAGAAUAACUAAUUCAGAAACUACAGCUGAGAUAUUGAUCUGUCUCACAGGCUUGUGAUAGCCAUUUCUUGUCAGGCGUUUCUUGAUAUAUGGAGUGAAUUAGAUUGAUUCUAUGAUGAUAGAUGUCUCAUGAGAAACUUAAGAUGGAUCACCCACUCGGAAUUUCUGGCUGAACAUAUUGUACAUGCUUCAGCCUUUGCACUCACUUGCUAGGAGCACCAUCAUUGUUGAGACUAGGAACGUUCCUGGAGCCUCCUCUAAGCUACUGUCCAUCAAAGUUUACAAGAUGUAUCAGGUCAGUUGAACUUAGAUCUGAUUGGGUGAUCACCUAAUUCUGUCUGUUGCAUGCUGUCUUUACUGUUUAGCAUGCAUGUAAUUCUAUAUUGGGAGCUUUAACAGCUUGGCACUGCAUUUUUAGGUACAUGGCUGUACCCAGCAUGCCCCUCUACAAUCUGGUUUGAUAAUAAUGAAAAUUUUAUCUUGAACAAUCUCAAAAACUGAUUAUGCUUGUAUCCAGUUUAUAAUCAUUUAUAAAUGUUUUUUUUUUUACUUUUGUUAGGUUACCUUUAAGAAUAACAAAGGAUUUUAACAGGUUUGCUGUCUUUCAAAAUUCUAGACCCAGCCUUUUUCAGUACUUGUCUCCCUAGCCUCCCUUCUGAAACAUAAACACACAUAACACUGAUGGUAAAACAAUGCUGCACCAAAUUCCUCUCAGAUGCUGUUCUGUCUUUGCUGGUCUAUGUUGGCUGACAGAAUCCAAAAUUAAAAUUCCCAUGUGUGUUUUAUCCAAUGGCAAAAGUCUAUUUAACUUCCAGUCUUCUCCAAUGCUAACCACCAAUCCCAUCUCUCUAUCCUUCUGGCCUUCAAUGCCCAAAUGUCUUUGUUCCUCUAAAAUGAAUCUCAGUUCAUUAACUUCAUCCCAUCAUUAACACAGUCAUCAGAUGUCCAUACAUGAUGUUUGCCUUCCUAGCAUUGCUUUGACAUUCAUUAUCCUCAUGAUUCUGAAGCAACUUGAGGACAGUUCCCUGCACUGAAGUCCAAUAUGGCUUUUUUACAUUUUUGAACCAGUUAAAUUUAUGAAUAAUUCCCAACAUACAAAAUCACCUGUCUAUCUCAAUCAAAUUAUUGUCAUUUAAAAUGUGAAGCUAUGUAUUUAAAUCUGUAAAUUAUGAAACACUUUUUUCAAAAAUUCUUAGGUCACAAUCCAGCAGUGAGACUACGAUUACAUAUAGUGUGCCCUCUAGAAUAAAUAUGCCUAAGGUUUCACUAGACAGCCACUUUCCAGCUCAACUCCUUACAAUUGUUUAUGUUGUAAAGGUCAGUUGGGUGCAAACUAUAACUUCUGUUUUCCUGUUUGUUCAGUCUCACAAGACAUGGUGGGAGAAAAGUGGAACGCCAGAUAGAAUGUCAGGUGCUUCUUGAUUACUUUGUAGAAAACCAGUCUAUAGAUAUGGGGGUUUCAUUAUCUUUAGUAGCAGCAUUUAAAUCGAAGUGCCUUUGUAUAAUUCAAAUAGUGUCAUAAUCUGAAAAUCUUUAUUUCUUGAAUCAAUUUGUUUGUCAUGAGCCGAUCAAAAUGCCCAAAUUGAAUGUGAUUCUACAGUAAUGCUAAGAUACUGUGAAUACUCUUUUUCCUCUGCAGCUUACAAUGAAAUUAUUACAUUUAACAAUCUCAAAGUUUUUAUAAAGGAUAGAAGAAAUUUGCCUCUGGGUGCUCACACUUGAGACUUGGCUGUGUACUCAUUCCUAGACACACAAUUCCAUUGAAAAUUAUGACAAAAUGAGUACAAUUGGCAGCCAAAAGUCAUAAACAUUUAAGGCUAGUACCUGAAGUCAAAUCUCUCUCCAGUAGUAAAAUAACAAUUGCUCAAAACUGCUUUGAAUCUGCAUCAGUUUCACUGCUGAAUCUUCACAUCAUCAAUGCACAUGAAUUGGGUACUUGGUCAAAGUGUGGUAGAAUAUCUGAUUCAUGUGGAUCAAUGAGAUGAAGAUUUAAUAGUGAAAUUUAAACAGCUCCACUAAGUAAGUAACUCAGAUAUUAAAUAUUUUUAUGCUUUCUAACGUUAUGCUUCGAACUAUUAGAAUUAUCCAUGUCAAGGAAUGGUUUAGAAAGUUUUCUGUUUUAGAAAAUAUCCUACCAUUUCUUCAUUUUCACUGAUUGAGUUUAGCCUGAUUUAAAGGAUCUCAGUAAAAUGCUUCAUAAUUUAAUUUAUAGGCUGUAAAAUUACUGUUAAUGAUAGGUGUGGUUCUGUAAGGUACGUACAUUUUGCUUAUGAUUUUUAUAAAGAAUUGAUUUCAACAUUAAAUUUCAUUAUAACUAUACAAAAUGUGGCUAUAUACAGUGGCAUGCAGAAGUUUGGGCACCCCUGGUCAAAAUUUCUAUUACUGUGAAUAGCUAAGCAAGUAAAAGAUGACCUGAUUUCCAAAAGGCCUAAAGUUAAAGAUGAUACAUUUCUUUACUAUUUUAAGCAAGGUUACUUUUUUAUUUCCAUCUUUUACAGUUUCAAAAUAACAAAAAAUGAAAAGGAACUGAAGCAAAAGCUUGGGCACCCUGCAUGGUCAGUACUCAGUAACACCCCUUUGGCAAGUAUCACAGCUUUCUGUAUCCAGCUAAGAGUCUUUCAAUUCUUGUUCAGGGGAUUUUUGCCUAUUCUUCCUUGCAAAAGGCUUCUAGUUCUGUGAGAUUCUUGGGCUGUCAUGCAUGCACUGCUCCUUUGAGGUCUAUCCACAGAUUUUUGAUGAUGUUCAGGUUGGGGGACUGUGAGGACCAUGGCAAAACCUUUAGCUUGCGCCUCUUGAUGUAGUUCAUUGUGGAUUUUGAGGUGUGUUUAGGAUCAUUAUCCUGUUGUAGAACCCAUCCUCUUUUCAUCUUCUUUACAGAAGAUGUCUGUCUACUUUCAUUAAGAAAUGUUUGCUUCCAGAAUUUGCUGGUAUUUAAUUGAAUUCAUUCGUCCCUCUACCAGUAAAAUGUUCCCCAUGCCACUGGCUGCAACACAAGCCCAAAGCAUGGUCUAUCCAAUCCCGUGCUUAACAGUUGGAGAGGUGUUCUUUUCAUGAAAUUCUGCACCCUUUUUUCUCCAAACAUACCUUUGCUCAUAGCGGCCAAAAAGUUCUGUUUUAACUUCAUCAGUCCACAGGACUUGUUUACAAAAUGCAUCAGGCUUGUUUAGAUGUUCCUUUGCAAACUUCUGGUGCUGAAUUUUGUGGUGGUGACACAGGAAAGGUUUCCUUCUGAUGACUGUUCCAUGAAGGUCAUAUUUGUGCAGGUGCCAUUGUACAGUAGAACAGUGCACCACCACUCCACAGUCUGCUGAAUCUUCCUGAAGAUCUUUUGCAGUCAAAUGGUGGUUUUGAUUUGCCUUUCUAGCAAUCCCACGAGGAGUUCUCCCAGAACGCUUUCUUGGUCUUCCAGACCUCAACUUGAUCGCCACCGUUCCUGUUAACUGCCAUUUCUUAAUUACGUUACAAACUGAGGAAACGGCUACCUGAAAACACUUUGCUAUCUUCUUAUAGCCUUCUCCUGCUUUGUGGGCAUCAUUUAUUUUAAUUUUCAGAGUGCUAGGCAGCUGCUUAGAGGAGCCCAUGGCUGCUGAUUGUUGGGACAAGGUUUGAGGAAUCAGGGUAUUUAUAAAGCUUUGAAAUUUGCAUCACUUGGCCUUUCCUAAUGAUGACUGAACAAGCCAUAGCCCUAACAAACUAAUUAAGGUCUGAGAGCUUGGUAAAAGUUAUCUGAGAGCUCAAACCCCUUGGGGUGCCCAAACUUUUGCAUGGUGCUCCUUUUUUUCUCAGUCUAAAAUUGUACAAAACAAAAAUAAUAUACUAAUCUUGCUUAAAAUGUUGAAAAGAAUGUUUCAUCUUUAACUUUAUGACUUUUGGAGAUCAGUUCAUCUUCUACUCACUUAACUAUUCACAGUAACAGAAAUUUUGACCGGGGUGCCCAAACUUUUGCAUGCCACCGUAUUAUUUUGUAGCACUUUCAUUACCAUUUGUCAAAUUAUUUCUUGGACCUCCACAAUAGUUCAGUUUGUAGGCUGAGAAGUGUCUGUCUACUUUCAUUAAGAAAUGACCGGCUAAGUUGUAAUGCAUCAUUGUAAUCAAAUGUGAUGUAUGUAUACAUACAGUUAGCUCUGUAGAAAUUAUAAAAAUACACAAAGAAUAUUUCUGUGAAACAAUUAGAAUGGUUUAAAGAUUCCACUGAAUACUUAAUUCUCACAGCAUAUUGGAAGUGCAUGUUAAAUUGUACCUCAUGCUUUCAGCCAUUCUGAACUCCUCUAUACCACAGCAGCAUAAUUGCAAAAAUAUUGUUUAUUUGCCACAUCAACUGUAUGCCAACAAAAUGUCAUGUCACCAUGAUUUAUUACGAAAUGCCAUUUUGAAAAUAAGAUGAAUUUUAAUAUUUGUCUUAGACUAUAGUGCUAUGGAUGCAACUGUAAUAGGCUGGCAAUAAAAUGUAAUUGAAUGGAAGAGUUUUGGCAACUUUAUAAAAUUGUUGCCAUUCCCAUUUCUGCACCAUUCAAGCAGUUUUACACCCAUUCUGUAUACUUUUAUGGAACAGUUAUAGAAAUUAAUUCCAGUUAUGGACUUGUAUAUUACUUGCUGGCAAUGUGAUGACCUAGAAAAGCUCAUUUUCCUUGGCUGAGUCUUAAGCUUCUGCCGACCAUGGAUAUUAUUGUGCUGUUGUAUAUAAAGCAACAUUUUAGAUUAAUGCUUUUCUCAAACUAUACUAUUGUAAUAUAUUAACUUAAUAAAAAACUACUUCUGUUUAACCUGGAA